AUGAACCCUAGUGGGGCCAAAUUUUCACCAAAUUAUUCUUUUGCAGUUGGCUUAGGUUAUUUUGUACUUUUGUACCUAAAGAGAUUGUCCCCGCACCGCACGCGAGCGUCUUCAGCUAGAUUUCUGACCCACCAUUACAGAAACCCAGGAUCCGCCGGAGCCGCCCCCAUCAUAAUCGGCUGGCUCGAGCAAUUCCAAAAACCACCACCGCCGCCGAACCCUGCCAGCUCGGAAAUCCCAUACGCCGGCGCCGGCGCCGCCGCGAAAGUCACCCCGAGAUCUCCUCCGCUGAGGAACCCCAAAAUCUCCUCCAGUGACCGCAGCCGGUGGCUCAGCUCCGCCAUCUGCGCCCUGAGCACGGCGUUUUCCGACUCCACGCCGGCGAAAUUCUGCGCGGCGGCGUUCAGACCGGCGAGGAUCCGGCGGUUCUCCUCCCUCAGCUCCGCCACCUGCGCCACCAAAUCGUCCAAAUGCUUCUGCUUCCUUGCCCUGCUCCGCCGCGCCGAGUCCCGAUUCGAGAUCAUCCUCUUCCUCUUCCUCUGA